CACCUCCACGUGUGGGGCUGAAAUGCUUCCGUGGACUGACUUAGCGAUUUAUAUUUCUUUUAAUUGGGCCCUCCCCCAACCAAAACGGUGGGGAGGCAGGACUCUCUGGCGGGUCGUGACGGCCUCCCUGUAGUGAGGCGCAUGGUUCCCAAGGCUCCCCAGGUCCUCUCCGUACCCCGGACAUCACUCCAGUUCAGAAGUCGGUGCCGAACAGUUAGAAUACUCGUCAUCCUGCCCCUCGAAACCUGCAUAAAUCACAAACGCUGCACUGUCGGGCUACAAAGUCAGACGGGAGCACUUAGGAAUUUAAGUUUGGAGAAGGAAAACUUAGGCUGACACAACACGCUCCCUGUUCACAGGAGUAGUCAGGAAGGGGAAAUGAAUGGUGGAAGUUAAACAGCCUUUCACUGCGGAGCUCAACGCGCCGCAGCACAUCGCUGCUGGCCACUCCCGACGUACAGGGGGACCCCUCACCGUCGUACAACGCAACCUCGGGCAGGCGAAUCCCUGCCCAAGCGCGCGGUGAGUACUCGUCUUGAAGAAUAAAGGAGCCGCACACGAUGCCCGCAGCCGCCGUGUUCCUCCUGUGCCUGAAAGCUCCCCUCACUUCAUGGACGGGACGAGGAGAGGGAGACGCGCAAAUUAUUUCGUGGGGAAAAUGCCGGCAGCAGCGCACGGAGGGCCCGGCUGCCUACCGUUAGGUGAAGGGUCGCGGGAUGGGAGCCCCGCUUGUUUUAUGGGAGCAAAAGAGAAAGCUGUCUACGGGGCCGUCCCUACCGGUGUUGCAGAGGAGCCUCGGUGACUGCACCCCGAAGAAAUGCAACCCAGGGAUGCCAUCCCUCCCUCCCUCUCUUCCUCCUGGUCCACUGCGGAGGAGCGAGAGCUGGAAAGGGCCCCCUCGACCACUUGCAGCUCCAGGGCCGCCGGCACGGCCAGGUAAAGAGCUGCACCUCGCCCCCAGCCCACUCGGGCUGCUUUCCAUAUCGGGCAGCACGCGUCCUUAAGAUCCAAUCUGCCCGGUAACAAUGAGCGCGCAGCAGCGAGAGCCCCAGAGCCAUUGGCUAUGCAAAUAGAGGGAGGGGAAGCGGCGCCCUAAACUCCACACUCGCACUUUUAAGGCGGUAUUUCCCUACCAGCAGCCAACGCCGGGGAGUGGGGGCGGUUGCCGGCAGCGUGCUAUCCGCACGCACCUCGGGGCCGCCUCCGCGCCCCAGGAGCUCGGCUCCGGCGGUGGGCGGCUCCUUCUCCCUCGGGAGCCUCAGCCUCGCAGCGGGCUGCAGCACAGGCUUCACAAAGUUGACACAUUUUCCAGGCGGCUGCUUUGCGCCGGCCGAGAGAGUAAGAGGGAGAUCGCUUUGGGAACAUGGAGUUGCUGUGCUGCGAGGUGGAUCCCAUGAGAAGAGCUUUGCCGGACCCGAGCUUGCUCUACGACGACCGUGUUUUGCACAACUUACUGACGAUAGAGGAGCGGUAUCUGCCCCAGUGCUCCUACUUCAAGUGCGUGCAGAAGGACAUCCAGCCCUUCAUGAGGAGGAUGGUGGCCACUUGGAUGCUGGAGGUCUGUGAAGAACAGAAGUGUGAAGAAGAAGUUUUCCCUCUGGCUAUGAAUUACUUGGACAGAUUCUUAGCUGUGGUGCCCACUCGAAAGUGCCAUCUGCAGCUACUGGGGGCAGUGUGCAUGUUCCUGGCCUCCAAGCUAAAAGAGACAAUCCCCCUCACAGCAGAGAAGCUUUGCAUAUACACGGACAAUUCCAUCAAACCCCAAGAGCUGCUGGAAUGGGAGCUCGUGGUACUGGGGAAGUUGAAGUGGAACCUUGCAGCUGUCACCCCGCAUGAUUUCAUUGAGCACAUUCUACGGAAGCUGCCUCUACCUAAAGACAAGUUGGUUUUGAUCCGAAAGCAUGCACAAACGUUCAUUGCCCUUUGUGCCACAGGCAGAAGGACAUGGAGCUCAUUAGAAAUACUGCUCCAAAUCUACAGGAUCAAUCUUGAUUUUAACUUUGCCAUGUACCCACCAUCAAUGAUAGCAACUGGAAGUGUGGGAGCAGCCAUCUGUGGCCUUCAGCUUGAUGAUGGGGACAGAUCGCUCUCUGGUGACAGCCUAACAGACUUUCUGGCCAAGAUUACAAGCACAGAUGUGGUGCCUUGCUGUUCCACCUUCAAGACUGUACUUGAAUGAGGAUCCCAGCUGUUGCAGAACCUGGCUCUUCCCAUGCUCUGUUUGCAUACCAGGGUUGUUUUUGAAGGCUUUUAGGGACAAAUGAAAAGUCACAAUAGGGUGCCUUUCUCUUUGGAUUUUCUUUCUUCUACAUCUAACAGAACCCUUGUUAAUUGACUUUCAGAGAAUGCUGCAGGCAUAUCGUACAAGGUCAUGUCAGAGAAGAUAUAUGUGGCUUUUAUUUUUUUGCUCUUUUAGGAGCGUUUUUGGAUUCUGUUCAUUUGAUGUUUAUAGGUAUGUAUUUAAGCUCAUGUUCUUUCUUAUAGGAGAUACUGGAAGCUUUCUCAGGCGUCCCAGUGCUUCUUAAUGUAAGGCCUUUUUGCAGUACCGUGCAGGUUGUACAACUUUUUCUCAUUCUGAAUGUUUUAACCUGAUCAAUUCAGUUUGAAAGAAAAUACCUGUCAGAACAGCCUAGUAUCUCCUAAAUGGUUAGAAAAAAAAGAUAAAAUUUUUCUUGUUGAAAAACUUAUCAUGCCUUUUCUUUGAAAUUUUAUUGAUGUUUUGGUCAAAAAUGUGCUUUUUGCUCUGUCCCAGUAAAAAUCUUCCCAAAUUUGGCUGAGCUUAUAUAUCUUUGAAGGGAAAAAAAAAAAAAAAAAAAAAAAAAAUCUUCCCAAAUAUCAAAGAAUUCUUAGGAUGUUACUAGUCACAUCCUCUCCAAGAAUCUGUUGGCACUGAGAAAAGCUUUCUUCUCUUUGCAUCUCAUCAUUGCCCACAGCAGCACAGACUACUAAAAAGCUGCUUACUUAAGUGAGAGCACCCCUGGUACAAAGGGGAUUUCUAGAUAAUUUUGCUGCUCAAACAUUUAAACGUUUAAAGAACUUAGAUAUGCUGUAAUUUUUCAAGAUAUUCACGUGUGGCCAAGUUUGGAAGAUGCUCAUUUUUGGAGAGCUGGCUGUAAUUCGAUCUGUCUCCUGCAAGAUUCAAAGUCUCAGAUCAGCUGAAAGGAGCCAUAAUUGUUAACUUGUGCAGAAUAGUAUAUUUUUCAUUAGCCAGAUAUUUAGAAAUGGCAGAAAUAACUUGGUGGAUGUGUUUCCCCAUGACUUCUGUUUUGGAAUUAGGAGCCAGGACUGAAAAAUCAUCUCACCUGUUAAAGCUUGGGAGACAGGGAAAAGCAGCUGAAAACAGGGUCUUAGAGUUAUCAGGCACUCUAAAUGAUAGGUGGCAACAUCAGCCUUAUCUGUAAAAUAUAUCGUUGAGAAAAAUGUACUGGUUGGAUUGUGUAAAAGUUAGCUCAAGGCUUUGUUAAUGAAAAGUAAAGACUAUUGUAAUAUACUUUAUGCUGGGUCUUAAUUGAAAUGGAGUGAAAAGCUUCAGUUCUCUGAUUUCCUAAUUUCUGUUGCUUGGAAGUUGUUCUUGCAGUGACACAAUAAAUUCAUCAUUGCUGUGUGAAUGAUGUUGUUUUCUAAAGGUAGGUUGGGGAAUACCAAGAAUUUAGAGCUUGGAGGCUGCAAGAGCAUCACAGCGUGAAAAAAGCAAGGUAACUUACAGAGUUCACAGUUCUGCAGAGGGAAAUGAUCUUGCCCCUUCCUGCCUCUUGAUAGCCUGCAGAAACCUGUGGGCAGCUGGAAGAGAGUCCUUCCUGACCUGUACAGCUUGCAAUAGAGAGCUGCAGGGUUCUGCUGCAUGUGGGAAGUGCUGGGGAGUUUUGACAUUUUGCAGUUGGCCUCAGCUAGUAAAUAAAAUAAGUUUUCCUGAUAUGCUACCCAGGCACUAUGAGGAAUGUAAAGACACCUUCUGAACUGGCCACACUGCAUGCUACUGGUAUUUGAAACUGUUUUUGAGAUACUCAGCAGCAAAGAAGUGUUUUAAAACCCCAUCGCUGCAUGAAGGAGGUGGAGAGAUUGCUUAGCUUGGAAACUGGAACAUUUUAAUGAGCUUUCAAAAAAAUGACACUGUCUGAGUUAAAGCAUGAAAAAAUUGAGCUUUAAAUUUUCAAGCAUAUGAAAAAGGAGAAUGAUAAUGACAUCCUGUUGUAACUAAACUGCAGAGACUUUCUGAACUUCUACUAUUUCUUGAAGAUAGUUGAGGGUGCUGUUUUUUAGGAAACAAAACAGUAGCAUGAACUGAAAAGCUGAGAUCGGUGGAGUUAUUUUAGGCAGACACUGGUGUGGCUGAGUGGAGUUUGGCAUUAAAUGCUGUAAUGUGUUGGGUGUUUCAUUAAGAAUUAGACCAAAAAGAUGUUAUUAAUAAACACCAUUUAAUUUAGAACUCUGCUGCUGGAUGAGCAAACAGCACGAGUGUUUCCUUCAAAAACACAUUGAUGUUGUUUUUCUGUGUAUCAGUCCAAAGCAGCGCUCUGGACUUUAGCUGAAAUGGUACGAGGCAUCUUGUCAGUAUCAUUGUAAUGAUAACAGUGGUUUUUGAUAAAUAGCUGUCCUUGGCUAUUUGGUGAAGGUUGAAUCACAGUCUUAAAAAGGCAGUGACGACUACCCCAUGCAAAUCUUUCAUUACUCCUUCCAUCUACCAAAAUAAUAGUCAGAGAGCAACUCUUGGAGAAACUUCAGGACACUCCACAGCCUUAUGGGUAGCAAAAAUAUGCUCUACUGGUUAUAUUUGAGUGGGCCUUUUCUGAUAAUUAUUGUUCUAAAGAGUCGAUAAGAGCUAGUCUAGCUCAGCUUUACACAGUUUUUGCAAGAUAGGGAUGACACAGUCCAAGCUGUUUUGCUGCCAGAAUGGGAACACUUCCUUUGCAAUUUCUUGAAGAGGAAUCAAGAGGCUGGUAGGCAAAUAGUUAAUAGACUUCUUACAGGAAAUGCAUGAGCUCCCUGUGCAUCACUUGGUGGAUCAUUGCAGUGGAAAAAUAAACAGCUUGGCAAGUCAAGAAUUUUCAUAGCAUCUCAGACAAGGACUCCAGUGUACGCAGUAUCCUGUCCCCAGUGGAGCCAGAUGCUUCGGAAGAGGAUACAAGUAUUCCUGUGGUGUAAAACUAUGGGAUGUGAGGACGGAUAACUGUGAAUGGGUAGGGGGUAAGCCUGGCAUCUUGAGAGCUUGAGUUCAGUAUUCUGCUUUGUCACACAUCUGCCUUGGUUGAGUCUCUCUCUUCGCUUCCCAGAAGAGUUGCCAUCAGUUUAGCAUGUCAGCUUACUAGCCAUUUGUCUGGAAGUUGCCUCUUUCUUUGUGCCUGGGAUCAUUCUUAUAAAUCAUGUGCUUGUCAAACAUAUUUGACCCAGUUAUUGCUUGCAUUUCCCUUGAGUCUGGAAAACUGUCUGUAUGUUCUCUUGUUCCCCAGAUCUCCUAAUGGAGGAGAAGCAUAGAGGACUGACGAGCUUAAGAAACUACUGCAGUGCUAGAUAAAUGAAGGUCUUCUCUGUUACAAAGCACCUUAGAGAAGAAUUCUAGAGGCUAAAAUAUAUGCAAAUUAGGCAUGUAACUAUGUUUUAAAGAUAAUUCUGCUCUGAGCAAAAGGUUGAACUAAAUGAUAUCUAGUGGUCCUUCCCAACCUUUUCCUGUUAUGUGAAGAGCACUGAAACAGGGAAAUGAUGUUCACGUACUAAAAUACUCUCAAACCAAAAUCAUAGAUGGAACAGGCAAGGCUAGAUCUCAAGUUAAACUAGUUAGCAGGUUGCUUAUGAAAUAAACUGAAUGGUAGUAUCCAGAAGAGCUGGCCUCGUUCAUUCUGUGUGAUGAUUAAGUUUAUGUCUGCUGUAGGAGCAUAUUCUGUAGCACACAGCUUUCAGGAUUGUGGUCGAAUGACAGAAGUUCUUCUCCCCUGCAUCUGCAUAAGGAGAGGAUUUUCAGGCAGACCACACGUGCCUGCAUACAACUCCACAAGUCUCUUUCAAGUCUAUUCCUACAUGGGACUGGUGUGUUCUGAGAGUAUUUGUAAAUCCAAGACAUACUUGAGGGCCUGUGGUAGGAUGCAAAAGAAACCAAACUUUUCUUAAUGUUGUGUCAAAAAACAACUAUUUGUGAACUGCUGAAAAUGUGGAUUCAAGCUGUUUUGAAAAUGGGGUCCAAAAUAAAUGGCAUUUAAAAUAUCUGCAUUUAAAUGCACUAUAUAUGAUAGUGCUGUUUUUUUUUUUUUUCCUGAGGUCUGAACAGUCCCUUCAAAAAGAUCCUUGCAAAUUGCUGUACAAAAAUGGUAUUUAGUACCAUCACAUUCAAGAAUUUGUUUCCUGUUGAGCUGCACUAUAAAAUCAUGGAAAACUGUCCUUGAACAGGCAGCAUUUAAACAUUGUCCCUAAGGCACAUACACCAUUUAUUCUCCUGUUUGCAGUGUUCAGAGCCUGUGGUUUUGGAACCAAGUAUCAGGACUUGUUGUAUCUCAUCCAGCUUUAUUUGUUGCAGACCACAUUUUGUAUGCGAGGAAACAACAGACGAAAUAGCCUCCAAAGAAAGGAAGAAUGAGAUAGUUUCCUAAGUUGUCUUUGCCUGAGUUGGCAGCUGCUCAGGUUCAUUCAGCUUUUUGUUCCCCAGUGAGUGCUGUGCGUGUGUAGUAACAAUGGGGUGAUGCAGUUACACUGUAGGCUAAUAGCUGAGUUCCGUCAAAUCCAUUCAUAAAUGCAGAGGAGAGUGCAGUGCUGUGAGAGCCAGCCAGCGCACAGAGGAAGUGAGGCCCCCAAGUAAUGAGCUCCACAUCACAAACAUAGCUGUCAGAGCUCAGGGACUGGUGAUAGACUGCAGUCAUCUGGUUGGAGCCUUGCCCUGACCCUUGCUGCUGCAGAUGUGCGACCUGCUUGAGUUGACAAGGGAUGCUGAUAGCAGCCAGCAGAGAUCCCCUCCAGGCGUUCUCUGCCAUGAAGCGGCUUGGUGUAAGGCAGACAAAUAGGUUAUUUCAGAAAAUCCAAUAUUUUGAUAAGCAAUCACAGCAUUUAGUAAAGCAGGGUAAUAUAAAUUCACAGCUUUUGUCUAGCAGUUUCAGAUAUUUGUAUACUUGUUGGAGAGAAAUCAGCAACUUGAAAUCUCAAGCUGCAUUAAGCAGGGAGUGUAAAUUAAAGCAUGGCAUCUGCCCCCUGGAUCACCCUGAUAGUGUUUUGGCUUUACUGUCACUUUUUCCAGUUCUUCCCUGUUGCUAUGAGAAGUACCCACGUGAGCAACAGGAAACCAACAAACUGACUGUUCAAGCAAAGAGUCCAACCAAAUCUACAAAAUAUACUGCUCAAAGUGCUAGAAAGGCUGAAAAAUUUCCAAGAAAAAUGUGCCAACUUUCAGAUACUUCAUACUAGUCAUAUUACAUAAUCUCUUUGAAAUGUUUGGAACAGUAAAUUAAUUAAUUUUUUUUUUUUUUUUCAGAUGGAAUUCAGUCAGGCUUAUCUGUAAUUGAUGCUAUUUGUCACAGUAGCAGAAAUAGUCGCGUUUAGCAGGGUAAAUAUUUCUGGUUUUAAAUUGCAUCCAAUAAAUGUGAGAGCAGUGAGAUAGAAUAAAUGCAGUAAAUGGGCAUAAUAUUCCCACAGCUGCUUUUCAGGAUGUUUGGAAGUAUGGUGGUGUGCUGAUGAUCGGUGUUUUGCAAAUGAAAGACUUGGUUGGAGAAGGAACUCCUGUUUAUGUCAACAAUGAAGCAGAGGAAUCCAGCCCUCUUCUGUAUAGAUAUAUUGGAUAGAUAUGUAUAGGAGUAUAGAUGAUACAUUCCUCGCUAGAAUUACUGUAAAUCCCAGCUCUUCAGUGCGUGUCUCACCGCUGUUAUCUCAAGUUAUCCAAGCAAGGAUUACACAACAGCUGAGCAGUAUGGUCAUUUAAAGUAUCUUGAGCUUCUCCAUUUAUCCUAUCAAGUCUUGCACCUAAGAAAGUCCUUUUUUCCUUUGUACAAUUAGUUUUAAGGAGGAGAUAUUUAAAGCAGACAUCAGGAAUGUUAACAAUUAUUUGUGAAGUUGUUAACCUGUAUGUGGAAAGUCGACUAUGCUUUAAUACUGCGAAGCCAGAAAAAUUUUGUAGGGUUCUAAACUUUGGGAAUUUCAGCACAUGGCAAAACAUCCAGGGUUUAGAUCCAGGCUUCUAAAUCUUGUUAGGGAAUGCGGGAGUGUAAAGAAAUACUGGCUACGUGGUUUUUUAGUCACCUGUGUGCAUAUUUUAUGCACAUUAAAUAAUUAAACAAUAAACAGUCCUAUUGUUGUUCAUCUGCUGUUGGUUGUGAAGGUCUGCAGUUUUUGGGUUUAGAAAAUCCUUGAGAAAUGAUCUGCUCCAUGACUUGAGUGUUUGCCCUCAUACUUGUCAUUACAGAGGAUUUAAUCUCCUUUGUCAUUGGCCUAGGACAGCAGUAGCAAUGACAGGCCUGCUGAACCCUGCCAACUGCAGUUGUGUUUUCACUGGAGUAGCCAGGCUACGCUUUUCACAGCUGGAUGUCCAUACUUCCCUGGUAGGGUUCUGAGAUACAGCUUUGUGGUUUCUUAUUGGUCAAUCAGUGCUGCUUAAAAAGCUCAAGAAAAUGAGUUGUAUAUGAUAUUCUGUGUGAUCUUUACUAGUCUGUUUGCUUUCUUUAAAGAUUGUCAUGCAUGGAAAUGGAAAUUCUCAAUUAUUGUUGAUAGGAAUAACUAGAUUCUUCCAUUUUACUGGUGAUUGCUCCUACCAAUCAUUUUUACUAUCAACAUUUCUGUUAUAGCUACGAAGUUGCUCAUCAUAGAACACAGAAAAACAUUUAUAUUCCUUCAGCUGCUUUUCAGUUGUUCUAGUAAAACUGUCCAGGAAUGAAGAACUCUCCCAAAACAUAAUCAAACGGGGAAAAAAGAGAAGAAACAAUAAAGUUAAUUGGCUUUUCAGUUCUGCAUAUGCUAAAGUUAAAAUAAAACUAUGGAGUGGAAAGUACAUGAACUAUUUUUAUGAUUAAAUCUACUGGACUAUAAAGAAGAAUGAGGAAGUUGGUCCAUGUGACACAAAAAACAAAAGGAAUUACAUAUAUUCUGAAGAAAUGGCCUAUUCCCUGUAUGGCAAAAUCUAUAGCCCUUACUUCAGUACAUUUUACUGCUCUUUCAAAGAACACCUGCUGAAAAUAGUGUAAUUCAUUUAUAUUUCUUAUUUUAUAUGAUGUUUAAAGUUUUAAUUUGUUCUUGUCAGUACUGUCUAGAGCUUGCAAAAUGAAAGUCUACUAGUAAAAUAUGUAUAUGUUCAGCAAAACCAUGGAUGAAACUUGUAGGGGUUAAUACCACCAUCUCAGGGAAAAGCCAGAUUGUUUACCCUGAUUGCUUUUUCCUUCUUUGUUUGUAUUGUAUCACUUAAAUUUGUAUUGAUGCUUCCAGUGAGACAAACUGGAGUGGUAAUGCCAUCUACAAAAUACAUCACUUCAUGUUACACCCGUUAUGGUCAUUGGGCUGAUUAGAUACCAUAAGUUCAUUAUUUCUCCUACUGCAUGUAACGCUACCAUCCAACUGGUAUAUAUUAUAAUUCUUGAAGUUAGUUGCAGAUUAUGGCACAGCAAAGGUGGUUUUAGGAUUUAUCAUGUAAGAAUUCUAGAAUUUUUAUCAUGUGUCAUAUUGACGAGAUCUGAACUUUGUCUGCCAACUUCCAUUUUAUUAGAAGAGCCACUGACGUGUUUAAUUAGUAUCUCAUCUUGUACAAAAUGUGUUGCUCUAUGGUAUCCAUACCAUUCUAUGUUUUGCCAGGUUUCACCUAUUGUCAUGCAGAUAGCGUGGUCUGUGAAAAGCCAUCUUGCUAUCUGAAUACCUGUGUGGUUCGACUCAAUGAUCUGUAAGGUCUUUUCCAACCUAUCAGAGCUAACAGUAAAUGUAUUGGUGGCUUGUAGAUAUCUAUGUAAGGUAAAAUUCAUGCAAACUGUGACAAUUCCAGUCUGGACAGCUUUAUUGGUUUUAUGUACAACAUGACCCAUUUCUGCAUGAAAGUAUUAAGAGACUUCAGCCUCUUAAUAAAUUAAAUAAAGCACUAAAUAAAUACUUUUUACAAGUUUUUAUAAUUUCAGUGUAAAUGAUAACAUGUAAGAAUAUUUAGAAACAGAGUAUUGGCUCCAAGUGCUCAGGCCUUGUGUUCCAUAUGUCACCACCCUUUCUUCCCCAAGCCUGGCUGUAAGGAAGUUGCCUCAUUAAGUUCAGUAGUCUAUAGCUGCUUGUAAAAAAAUAAAGUAAAAUUCAGAAGGACAUGUUACUUUGAAAUUUUACAUCACUCUGCUUUAGAAGAAGAGAUUCUUAUGCAAAAAGAACAUUGGUAGUAUAGUAGUGUAGUUUGUUGUAGAAAUCUACAAAUGGGUGAGAACAUUGGUAGUAUAGUUUGUUGUAGAAAUCUGCAAAUAGGUGGCUCUUUCUUCUUUUUAUAGAUCUGAUCCUGCUCAGUUUGACCAUUGACUUAAAUGCAGACAGGUUUGAAAUCUGCUCUCAAAAUAUUGAUUAGGUCUCAGGCAUUUUCUCAGAAUCUGUUCAGGAAAUGUCAGCAUCUGUUCCUACAAGCAAGAAGCGUUUUCUUUGAGUAAAUGGCUGUUUCAGCCACGUAGUCUGCUGUUUGUCAGCAUAGCUUCCUCAGCUCUGUGCUCCUGAAAAAUGAUUUGCAGUCUAACAAACAGGUAAAUGCUUACGAUGGACUUGAAACCCACCCAAGCAGCAGGGGAUUUUCUUCAUCUGAAUUUUCAGUCGCUUUUGGCAGUAAAGUACUUUGAAAAAAGGCCAAGGAAUUUAUCCAGUUCCCAUCAUUAAAAAAAUGAUUCCAAUGCUAGGAAAUCACUGAGCUCCCAAUAGGCAAGAGCAAGACCCACCUAUGAAAAACAUUUACCUGAUUAAAUAAAAGUACAUGCUCUUACCUUAAAAAAAAAAACUAGAUAGGCUUCCUCCUCUUUUCACUUUUUUGUAGCUGCUGGCACAUCUUUCUCCUUACCUUCUGAGAGAAAGUGAGCCAUGCUAAAAUCUUGCUUGUCAGUCUUGUAUCUUAUCACAGAAUUCACUGUGCUAACAUUUUAUUGCAUCUUCAAAGACAUUCAACUUGUCUUCACCCUGCUGAGACUUCCUGCUUGCUCUGAGCAAACUUCCCUUAAAGCUUCCCUUCUCUGCCUUCUGUAAGAGCCACACAUAAAUGUGAGUGCAAGCAGAGACAGGCAGCCCAGUCCCCUCCCUUCUGGGGGUAAGCUCUGGAAUGUUGGAUGUUAGGCAUCCCUUCCUCAAUCCCAUUUUUAUCUAAUUAAGCAAAUUCUUAAAGUGUGUGUUUGAUAACUAUGUUUUUUUUUAUUAACCUUCUGCUGACAUGGUUGCCAUGUGAGGAGUUUUGCAACAUGGAAUGCUGGGAAGGGCAGCUGGCAUUGGUGAGGAGCAGAGGCAAUGCGCAGCGGAAACUCAUGUGGGCAUGCAGCCCAGGGCUGGCACUGGGACAAACUGGUGUCCUGGCUGCAGAGCAAGGGAGGCAGUGAUCAGGUGACUGCCAGUGUAGUGAAGGGCAGGCACACUGACAUCAGCAUUUUUUAACAUUACUGGGUACUGCUUUUUUAAUGAGUUGUCAUUUCCUUAGUUGUCAUAUACUGAGAAUCUCCACAUCUCUGAAUUAAUUUGACAUUUUGGAUGCUCUAUGAUUCUCGGCUCCACAGUUAUCCACUGGGUGACAGUGACAAUGGUUGUGAUUGGCUGUGGCAGUGCAGUUAUUGUGCCUGUGCAGUACCUCUGAUCUUCCAAGAGCAUCAUAUCUGAGCACUGGGAUGAGGUACAGGUGUGACAUAAAUCAGGGCAUGACCCAAAGACAAAUACGAAGAGGGUGAUCUCUGGAACACAGCUAAUGCAGGAGUACUUCCAGUGCUUAGAUGAUGACUAGCACAAGCAAGAGCAACUGCUGUGCUCUGUGAGAUCAGCCUACAACCAGAUGCCUGAAUUCAGUGUUCAUUGCUGACCAGACAAUUUUAAACAAACUCUCCUUGUUCCAACUUCCCAGCUUCAGCAUCAUGUUACAUUGUAUUCCGAUCCUUUGUCAGUGAUAUGGUGGAUUUUUACUAUAAUCUGGAUAAUUCCAGAGGGUGGAAAUACAGGUCCUUGUAGGGAAUUCAGUGCAUCCCUGUGGAUUACCUGCAAAAUGCUCUCUUCAGAAUAGGAGAGUAAUAACUUUUGCCUUCCUCCAAAGCACAGAUCUUUUCAGUCUUCAGGUCUCUGAAUGAAGUUCAUGAAACUUGCUAACACCUGUAUUAGAGUAGCAAGAUUUUUGAGACUGUGUUGCCAGACUCCAGCUGUCCAGGACCUGGGCUCCUGUUUGGCUUUGGUGUCCUCUAGACUGAGGAGGCAACAACUGUUACAGGUGUGCUCACAAGUAUCUGUUUCAUUGUUUCACGCUACAAGAGGUGAGCACCAAGCCUUCCCUAAGCUAUUCUGAGCACAGGGAAGUGAUGGAGCUAAAAACACACCAUGAUUGAAAAUUUUUGUUAAAGGAUGGCUAAUUUUAGUAAAAUUACCUGCUUUCCUUCAUCUCAGAAACAACAUCUCUUUUGUUAUGGUUUCUCACCUUCAAUAAAAUUAUCAGCCUGAGGCAAAGAAUGAAGCAUGAAGUUUAGCUCCAGUGACCGAAACUUAGGAAAAGUUGCUAGUAGAAGUAUUGUUUAUUGUGGAGCUUUAUUGGGGUAGGUAGAGUAUGCCUGCAAAACAGUGAACUUGACCACUAGUCAGAUUUUUCAUAAGCAGUCCCACAGUUGCCUGGUUUCAAGACAAAUGGAGCACAGGGAAGACUUGGUCUGUCCAUGUGCAUGUACUGUGAUAGCAGAGGUUUUUUUUCUCAUCAUACUCUGUUUCACCAUGGUGUUACUCGCUAUAAUUAUUUUUCCUGAGGGAACAAACUUGUGGGUUCUGAUUACAUGCAGGUAUCCCAGAUGCUCAGAUUCAAAACAUCUGUUUCUAGUUGUUGGCUUUAGCUGGUGUGAUUCACAUCGCUGAAUAUUUUUGUCUUCGAUACAGCCAGCAUCCCAUCAACCCAUUUUUCCUGGGCUAAUUUGAAAAGCCAUUUUUCACAUUCUCUCUUCAGCAGAUGAAUCUUCAAAUAGAGGUCAUUAUAGGACAGCUUCACAAAAAAGAGAGGACGUGAUUUUACAGCUAGCAGUUGUUGACUAGUACCCAAGAAAAAUGGAUGUUUGUGGCACAGCAAAGCUAACUGCAUGCAUCAUAAAUGUAAAUGCCAUUAGCGGAACAGAUACUUUGCAUUUGGUGUGUUUUUGCAAGUCUGACCAGGAUGACAAACUGUGUACAUUAGUAUUUCAAACUCACCUGAAUAACUUGAUAUUGUAUGGAGAAAGUGGAUGUUUCCAGUCAGUCUUGCUCUCCAGAGUUGCAUUUGCAUUCUGUAUUCUGUUUCUGGGCUGACAUAGUGCCUGUGAUCUGCCUGUGUGAUAUCAGUGCCAGUAUUGACAGUGUCUCAGUCCCAGCACAUUACACACUAGUGGCACUGUGUUGAUAUAGUUGUGGCCUAAGUUUUAUUUCUUAGUUUGUUCUAUAACUAAGAGUUCAUCUACCUUUUCUCACAUUCUUUUUUUUCAGUAACCACAUUAUUUGACCAUCCAACACACUAUCAAGGACGUGGAAUGUGUGGUAAUACUUUAACAGUCUUGUUUUUUGUCACUGUCUUGGUUUAAGUGCAAUGAGUCCUUCCUAUUUAUUUGUUCAUAUUGUGUGAGGGUUGCAGGAGGUGUAAUGUACAGGGCUUCCAGAUUUGUGUUGCUACACUGUAUGCUGCUCUUUCUGCUAAGUUAUGUUGUAUAAUUUGUAGUAUAGUGGUCUCAGAGGUUUGGUUAUGCAUUUUUGGCUCAUGACUUUUUUUCGUAGCUGUCUUUUCUUCAGCAUUCUCUGAAACAAUGAUCAGUGACUGUUGGUGCUGUUAAAAUAGUCCAAUUUUGCAGGUAAAGACGUGGAGAGGGUACCCUACACCUCUUCCUCCAGUGCUGCUGAAAUCCCUUCUGUGGAAUGUGCUCAGAGAACAGUGCUGCUGGCGUACUCGGGGCUGUAUAAUUAGUUCCCUUGUUGUGAACAAUGCUUUAUCUCCCUCCACAGUGCCCAGCUAUGAAACAGCGUGAUUUUUUCUGGGUUUAAAGUUUGAGUGUGUUGUUCAGAGUUUGGGAUUCUUGUUUGGAGACUUAACUCAGAGUUGGUUCUUCCUUCUUCAAUAAAGACUUUUUAAAAGAAAAAUCAAGAACGGCAUGAGUCAAUAGCCUGUGCCACUCCGUGUCAUGGUGUGCAAUUUGGAAGCUGUACUGUUCAAAUUUUGAUGUUUCUUUUGUUCUGGACCUUUCAUUCUUGCUUGAAUUUUCACACCUUUCUUUUGCCUUUGUCUUGAGGUGCCAAAUACAUGACCUACACAGUGACAGGGCACUGCACAUUUUUGGGAACCUCAAAACCCUUCACUUUUAUGUGGUGAAUUGAGUUUGUGUAAAACUCACGUGCCUCUGUGUUUUGUUGGUAUAGCACAUGUUGGUAAUGUCAGGAGAAAAACCUCAGUAUUUCUUAAGUGAAAAACUGCUCAAAUCCCUGAACUUUGCAUAGGAAAGUACAGAUAUACCCUACUUUUCAUUUUUUACAGGAGCACUGAGGAGCACUUUGAGUUCUUACUCAAGACUACACAAAUGAGCAAGGGCAGGUAAAAUGUUAAGAUCUGGAAAUUCUAAUGAAUGUAGAGUUAGUGUUGUACAGCUUAGAUGUGUUUAACUUGUGCACCUAGACAGUUAGUAAUAAUGCAGCUCCACAAGAUCAUAAACUUAUAACAUUAUUAUUUUGGAGAUAUUUUUUAUGAGUCAGUUGCACACAGCUUUACCAUGGGCUGUGUAGAAGGUGAAAAUGCUGUGGAGGGGAGGGUGCAAUGCAAUGCCAACUCUGCCUCUCACACCCACCAUAGUGUGCAUAGUUGAAUCAAAGCCUGUGUGUAUUACACAUUACAUAUGCUUGUGCCAGUUGACAAGUAAAAUACAGCAAUUACCAAUAACAGUAUUUCAGAUUACCUACACAUGCAUGUGUGCCUGUGAGGACAUGCUGUACAAUCAGUAAGCAUACAGAGGUUAGGCUAAGUAGGAUUAUCACAGUGGAAAAACAAUAAAUGAAAAAUGCUCACCAAUGUUGUAGGCUCACAAUAAACUCCACAAGGAGCAAUCUCCAGAAAGAGAUCCUUCCUCAGUGAUAGUCAGUACUUAAAUGGGAUCUAAGAGAGGUGGAGCCAGGCUCCACCCCUUCCAGUACCACAAGUGAAUUGCCUUUACCUGUACUCCUGUGGCGGACUCACUGCUUGCCUCAGGUGGCCAAUCAGAGGUUCAGGCCACGAUCAACAGUUCCCACAGACAUGCAUUUUUUGUUAUUAAACAGAUGUGGAUGUUUUAUUAUUUAAUUAUUAAACUUGGCUUUGUGUUAUUUUGAAAAAUAAUAAGGUAACACAUUAAUUGCAGAAGAAAUAUCCGGAAUACUUGUGUAUGUCACAGUUUUAGCUGAGGCAGUGUUAAGAAAGCAUCAAUGUUUUGGUUGUUUCUGAGUGACUGGAGUGUACCCAGGGCUGGGCUGCUUGGUGGAAGAGCUGCUACCAUUAUGGCAUGGCAGCGUAUUGAGUGAAGCCAGGAUGGCUGGCUUGAAUUAGGAAAGGGUUUAGUGCAUAUAACGUGAUACCAUGCAGAAGGCUGUAAAGUUGUGUGGAGUUGACUGAGGGCAGCUGCUGCAUGGGAAUUGGUUGGGUGUUGGUCAGGAGCUGGUGAGACACUGUGUUAAUAAUUGGGCUGUUGGUCAGCAAACAGUUGUAUUCUUAGGUGGGUGCUGGUCAUCGGAUGUUUUAAUAAAAAAUGUGGAAAAAAAAUACAAGACAUUUUGUUACUUUUAUAUAACUAUAUUACAUAUUUUAUUUACAGCCCAAGACAAUUCCUCUGCACUGAGUGUGGUCCAUGCAAGCCAAAAGGUUGGACAACCAUGAUUUAAUCCAGGGGAGUUUGUAAAUAGUGCUAAUCUCUGAGAAUUCAAGGUUAUUUUCUGCUGCAGCAGAUACGCGUUUCCUGCUCUUCAAACGUUACAAGUUCAGUAUGGAAAAUAUAUAUCUAACACACUGAUCAAUUUGCUUUUUAUC